ACUAACAGGAGGCUGUCCAAGUACAAGUCGACGGAGGACGUGUGCAGCGACGAGAGGCAUUGCGGCCAGAAAGAGAGGAUCUCGUUCCUCGGGGACAGGACGCAGAGCUCGUUCGAUCUGACCGACUCGGGGAGAAGUAUUGGGCAGGACUCGGGGAAGAGGUACAACAGGCAACGAUCGCCAUUGGCCGCCAC